AAUAAUAUAUAACUUUAAAUAAAAUGAACAUUCUUUGAUUUAAAAUCAAAUAAACUGAAGAGAAUUUAAGAUGUCUAAAACCAACGCUAAAAUAGAGAAAUCUAAAAAAUCUUCCUUUCCAAUCCUUCUUCCUGUUUUAAAACAUAAAAAUGAACAAAUGUUAAAGUAUGAGAUCAUUCUUAUUGAAUGGAACAGUGUUGGCGAACAUUUCUUAAAUGAAGUCAAAUUUGAAGAAAAUCCGUUUGUCAGAAUACAUUUAUUUUUUAAUAAAAAAUGGAGAUACUGUGAAAAACUCAAAGUCUUAAGUAAAAAACUUUCUUCGAAUUUAAUAUUGCAUGAAAGCCAUACUUCAUCUGACGAAGCAUCAUGGAUACAUCUUUUAACAUAUUUAAUAAACUUUAACACAAAGUCAACCAUAUUUAACAAAUAUUCGUCUCAACAUUCAAAACUUAGUCAUCAAUUAACUCUGGUGACAAAUAAUGAUGGGAAAUACAAAGAAGCUGAGGAGUUGAUAAAGUCAAACAUUACUAACACUAUAAUUGUUGAUGGAUGGAGCUGCACAUUAAUAGAUUUGUUUGAAAAUGUUUGCAGAGCGUGCAAAAUCGUAUUCUGUGACGUUUUAUCAGCGGAAAAACACGACCGUAUAAAGCACAACUUUUUAUGCAAUAACAUUUCUUGCGAAAGAAGUCAGCGCGGGAAUGGUUUUUAUUCUACAGACGAACUUAAAAAACAUUUGAGAAAACAAAAGCAUUGCGAGUAUUGUCUCGAUAAGUUAUUUUGUAACUUAGAGACUUAUAAAGAACACAUAUCGGAGUUUCAUGUUCUUUGCAAAUGCCCUUGCAACCGAUAUUAUAGGAAUAUUGAUGACUUUAUUGCACAUUACUGUUCUUUUUAUCCAUUGCCUUGCUUAGAAGAUGUUAAUUGUUGUGGUAGAUUUAAAAAUAUCGAUGAACAAUCAUUCCAUCAUAAGACUAAACAUGGUUCCGCUUUACCUUACUUUUGUCUUGCUUGUUAUAAACAAUCAAAGUUAAAGUGUUUUUAUAAUUCAGAAGAACUUAUGAAACACGUCAAUGAAGCUAAACACGUAGGUGACAGUUUUCAUAUGUUUAUGUUACCCAAUGAAAUGGAAUAAAGCGAAUUCAAAUGACUUCCUUUUAAAAAUUAGUGCAGUUUAUUACGUACUUUUUAGUUGAAUAUAUACCUGAUUAACUUCAAGAAAGUGGAAGUAGACUCUCCUCUUUUAUAACAGAAACUUUUUUCCCUCAAUUUAAACUAAUAAUGUUUCGAUAUUUUUAAAUUUAUUUAAACUAAUAAAACCUCUAUAAUCAG